AAGAACAUUUUUUAAUUGAAGGUUAUCAACGUCGUUAACUUAAUGCCGGUUCACUAGGAUAUGUGAAUUUUGAUUGUCUGCAAUAGACUAACUUUAUAGUUACAAAUGUUUAAAAAUACUUUUCAAUCGGGUUUCCUAUCUGUUCUCUAUAGCAUUGGAAGUAAGCCAUUGCAAAUUUGGGACAAAAAAGUGAGGAAUGGGCACAUUAAACGUAUAACAGAUAACGACAUCCAGAGUUUGGUCUUAGAAAUAGUUGGAACAAAUGUAAGCACUACAUUCAUUACUUGUCCAGCAGACCCCAAAAAGACAUUGGGAAUUAAAUUGCCCUUUUUAGUAAUGAUAAUUAAAAAUGUCAAGAAAUAUUUUACAUUUGAAGUUCAGGUUUUGGAUGAUAAAAAUGUGCGAAGAAGGUUCCGUGCUAGCAAUUACCAAUCAACAACUCGCGUAAAGCCUUUUAUUUGCACAAUGCCAAUGCGUUUAGACGAAGGCUGGAAUCAAAUUCAGUUUAAUUUGUCCGAUUUUACAAGGCGUGCAUACGGCACAAAUUACAUUGAGACCCUCAGAGUACAAAUCCAUGCGAAUUGUAGGAUACGUCGGGUAUAUUUUUCAGAUCGGCUUUAUUCAGAGGAUGAGCUUCCACCGGAAUUUAAGUUGUUUCUACCAAUACAGAAACCAGUACACAAGACGCCUGCUCAAGAUAUGUGUAGAUAAUAUAUUUCGUAAUAAAAUAUUUCAAAAUAAAUUAAACCAGUACUUAA